AUGGAUUGGGGGAGAGAUAAGGGUAUCUGCCUUCGGGGAGGAGACCGUGGCCUGUCGCUGAGGGCAGGGGAGCGUCAAGUUGGAGACACAGUGGACUGGGCAGUGGAAGAACUCCCCAAGCUGGUGGAAGCGAAGGAGACGGUGAGGCGAGGCGAGGAGAGGAGUGAACGUACCUUCGGAGGACAAGCCAGUCCCUCCCCAGUCUCGUGUCUCAGUUCGGGCCUUGAGGAUCGGUCGGGACGGGUGUGCGGCCGAGGCGCGUGUGACAGGGGCGUGGACGGACGGAAACCGACGUCGUUCGUGAUCAUGGCUCUGACCAGCAAUAGCCCAUGGCCUUACGCCCUCCUCGCUCUGGCGCUGCUGACGACGGCCCCGGCGCUCACGGAGGGCGUCGCCGGAUCCAACCGAGUCCCUGGCCUCACCCUGACGCAGACGGUGAGGGCGGAGAAGGACCUCGAGCCACUGCUGGACCUGAAGCACAGCCACGAGUCGGUCUUGGAUCCUGAGGGCAUCAUGACGGUGUUCUGGACUCCGGACCUGCAGAAGGAGGAGGUGACGUUCGAAAUCCACGCCAGGACCAUGGGCUGGCUUGGAUUCGGGUUCUCCUCGUCAGGAGGAAUGAGGGGCUCGGAUAUCCUCAUCGCGUGGGUGAAAGAUGGGGAGGCGUUUGCACAGGACCGUCACGGGAUUGGCAACCGCGUCCCUGUCCUGGACGACCACCUGUUGGGAAGCCUGUGGGGUGGCGCUUAUGCCUUCUCCAAAGAGAUGGUCAUAGAAAACAGUGUGGCAUUAGUGUGGACACUUUAG